UUGUUGCGCAUGUCAUUUGCCAAUUUUUCUCUCACGAGUUUUUAUUCUUCUUUUAUUCUCUUUGCCGUCAUCAGCAUUCGCACAUCAAACGAACAAAAAUAAACAAAUAAUAAAUUAAAAAGAGACGAAAUUCGCAAAUUCAUUGAUUGUUUCACUUUUAUUUCACGCGAGUUGUCGAGAACAUCGAGUUUAUCUCAAAAAUCGGAAAAAAUAAAAAAAAAACUCUGAACAUAUGUUUUACUGAACUUCAGCUCAAAGCAGUCAGAAGCACAAACUCCCCAAACGCAACAACCAGUCGCGGUACCUGUCAGCACAGCACAACGCAGCAACAUGGAAGAAAUCGGCUCGACACGUAAUUUGGUGAAUUUUCGUCUGCUCUACAUAAUUUCCCAGCUGAUUGGAGUCGUGAUAAUUGUACUGAUGAUCUCCUGGAUCGGCAUCCAUCUCAACGGACUUGCGUGGACCGCGACGCCGAGCGUGCAGUUCAAUUGGCAUCCGCUUCUCAUGACAAUCGGCAUGAUUUUCCUCUACGGCAACUCGAUUCUCGUUUAUCGCGGAUUCCGACAUGCCCGCAAACGUCCGUUGAAACUCACGCAUGCCGCAUUGCAUGCCGCCGCCUUCCUCUUUACCGUAAUUGCGCUCGUGGCGGUCUUCGAUUCGCACAAUUUGGCAAAUCCGCCGAUUCCGAACAUGUAUUCGUUGCAUUCGUGGGUCGGUUUGAGUGCCGUGCUGAUUUUCUCCAUGCAAUAUGUCGUGGGAUUCGUGACAUUCCUCUUUCCGCAGCUGAAGGACGUGAUGCGGGAGAAAAUUAUGCCGUUCCAUGUCAUUUUCGGGAUUCUCGGGUUCGUGAUGGCGAUUUGUGCUGCAUUGCUCGGCUUAUCGGAGAAGGCGUUUUUCCAUAUCAAAAACAUUUCCGAACUACCAAGUGAAGGACUUCUCGUCAACUCCAUCGGAAUGUGCAUGAUUUUCUACGGAGCAAUUGUCGUUUUUCUCGUCACGGAACGUCAAUUUAAGCGAGAGCCGUUGCCCGAAGACACAAUGCUACUCACUGGAGGCAAUUCAGACUAAACUUGAAUUAAUCACGAAUAAUUUUACAAAAGAUUUAAACGCAUGUUCCAGCCUAAUAUGAUGUAUCAACGAUAAAAAGACGAUCAGAAAAUACAAAAAUAUAUUGAAUUACAAAAAAAAAAUAUAAAUAUAAAAUACUUACCAAAAAUAGCCAAAAUAUUUUCUUAAUGUGAAAUGACUCUAUGAAUGUUGAUUCAAAAUAAUAAAAAUA